UACAGAAGUAAUAAAGUAAUUAGCUAUAUGACUGUAUCCAACAAUCCUUCCAUUAUAUAUACUCCAACACACAUCAAACCUGCUCACUACACUCAUCAUCUUCUUCUUCAUUUUCCAUUUUCUUCCUCCACUCCUACACUUACUCUACUGCUGCAACAACCAAUGUCUUGCUUAGGCAAAGCUGUUGACACCAAAAAGGAAAUGAAUAUCUACACCCAAGAUGGAACCGUCGACAGACAUGGUCAUCCUGCAAUUCGGAAGACCACCGGAACAUGGACUGCUGCAACGCUAAUAUUAGUGAAUCAAGGGCUGGCAACGCUGGCAUUCUUUGGAGUAGGAGUCAACUUGGUGUUGUUCCUAACGAGAGUCGUAGGGCAAGACAACGCAGAGGCUGCAAACAACGUGAGCAAAUGGACAGGAACUGUUUACAUAUUCUCUCUGUUGGGUGCAUUCCUCAGUGAUUCUUACUGGGGGAGGUACAAGACCUGUGCCAUCUUUCAGGCCAUUUUUGUUUUUGGUCUUCUUUCCCUGUCCUUGUCAUCCUCUUUCCUCUUGCUCAAGCCUCAUGGUUGCGGGGAUGGGGAACUCCCCUGUGGAUCCCACUCCACCUCCGCGAUCGCCUUUUUCUACCUCUCCAUCUACCUUGUCGCCCUCGGAAAUGGAGGAUACCAGCCCAACAUAGCAACCUUCGGCGCCGACCAAUUUGAUGAAGACCACCUCAACGAAGGCUACUCCAAGAUGGCCUUCUUCAGCUACUUCUACUUGGCCCUCAAUCUUGGUUCUCUCUUUUCAAAUACUGUCUUGGGCUAUUUUGAGGACCAAGGCUUGUGGGCUCUUGGAUUUUGGGCCUCCACAGGUUCCGCUGUUUUAGCGUUAUUGCUCUUCCUCUGCGGCACUCCUCGAUACAGGCACUUUACACCUAAGGGGAAUCCACUCGCCAGAUUCUGUCAAGUGUUGGCUGCUGCAACCAGAAACUCCUGGAAAUCAGGUGCAAAUAAUUACAACAAGGAUCCAGACCAUCUUUUUGAAGACUGUGAUGAUGAGGAUUACAGAAAUAUACUACACACCGAGGGAUUUAAAUUCUUAGACAGAGCAGCCCUUAUCACUGAAGACAAUAACACUCGCAAUCCGUGGCGUCUUUGCACCGUUACGCAAGUUGAAGAGGUUAAGUGCAUACUCAGACUCCUCCCAAUUUGGCUAUGCACAAUUCUCUACUCCGUUGUAUUCACUCAAAUGGCGUCGCUGUUCGUGGAACAAGGCGCUGCCAUGAAAACCACCAUCUCUACUUUCCACAUCCCUCCGGCAAGCAUGUCUAGUUUUGACAUCCUGAGCGUUGCAGCAUGCAUAUUUAUGUACAGGCGGGUUUUGGACCCGGUUGUUGCUAGACUAAGAAAGGGCCCAAAAGGACUCACCGAACUUCAACGAAUGGGUGUGGGUCUGGUGAUUGCCAUACUGGCGAUGGUCUCAGCUGGGGUUGUGGAGCUGUUCAGGCUGAAGUACAAAUAUGCAGAGAGAGAUGAGAGUUCGUUGAGCAUAUUUUGGCAAGUCCCUCAGUAUGUACUGAUAGGAGCGUCAGAAGUGUUUAUGUAUGUGGGUCAAUUAGAAUUCUUUUAUUCCCAGACGCCGGACGGACUGAAGAGCUUCGGGAGUGCACUGUGCAUGACCUCCAUAUCUUUAGGGAACUACGUGAGUAGCUUGUUAGUAACAGUGGUGAUGAAAAUUUCGACCAAAGACGAGAUGCCUGGAUGGAUUCCUGGGAACCUUAACAAAGGCCAUCUUGACAGAUUUUUCUUCCUCCUGGCAGCUUUGACAAGUGCGGAUUUCAUUAUAUACAUUUUAACUGCCAGAUGGUACAAGUACAUUAAGUUCCAGGGAUCCCAUAAAACAGUACAACAAGUUUGAUCCAUAUAUACACUUUCCAAUCCAUGAAGCAAUGAAACUGGAGGACAAGAUUUUCUCCAAGUUGAGCAAGGUCAGAAUUAUUGUAAUGCAGUGCAGCCCCUCAUUUAAUUCUAUAUAUGUAUUUUUUACAUUCUUAACAACAUGGUCUCUCUGUCUGCUACAAUUGCAACUCCGACCUGAUCAAGAAAAUUGACCUAUUGAUUUCAGUGAGAUUUGCAUGGCAUCCAUAGAUGUUCAUUACAUGUAUGAAUCAUAUUUUGAUGGAUA